UUUCUGACAGGAAGGGAUUCACACAGAAGUGCAGGCAUGGCAGGAGUCUUUGCUUAUGAGAGCUCAGAGGUGGACUGGUGUGAGGACAACUACCGUCACUCAGAAACUGUGGUGGAGUACUUUAACACGAUGAGCAGCUUCAUCUUCUUCGUGGUCUCUCCUAUCAUGCUGUACCUGUUUCACCCCUAUGCCAAGGAGAGGAACCUGGCUGUGCACCUGGUCUGGUUCAUGAUGAUCUUUGUAGGCCUCUUCUCCAUGUACUUCCACAUGACACUGAGCUACAUGGGGCAGAUGCUGGAUGAAAUCUCCAUCCUGUGGGUUCUGGCCAUUGGCUAUGCCCUCUGGUUCCCACGCAGGCACUUCCCCUCCUUCAUCAAGGACAGGUCGUCUUUCUCCUGGAUGGUCCUGGUCAUUACUGUUGGCACCACCCUCUCCUCCUUUGUCAAGCCCACUGCCAAUGCCUAUGCUCUCAACUGCUUCGCCAUUCACAUCCUCUACUCCCUGGGAAUUGAACUGCGCAGCUGUACAGAUCAGAGGGUGCUGCGUCUGGCUCGGAUGUCCAUCGGACUGUGGGUGCUGGCCAUCUCCUGCUGGAUCAGUGACCGCUUUGGCUGCAGCUUGUGGCAAAAGCUCAACUUCUGCUACCUGCAUGGCAUCUGGCACAUCCUGAUAGUAGUGGCCACAGCCUAUGGCAGCACCCUGAUUGCCUACCUGGACGCCAACUCCGAGAUCCCCUACUCUCUUCCAGACCUGCAGUACUGGCCUCGUGACAAUUGGGCGCUGGGUCUGCCAUACAUUGUCCUCAAGGGCACCACGAAGACACAGAAAAGAUGUUAAAGAACAUCUGCUGUAUAGAUGGGACGGUGAAAAAGGAUUUUAUUUGGGCACAUUUUAUGUUCUGAUACACUUACACUUGAAUGGUUUUCAUUUUAUACCAUUUUCUUUCCUCUUUUCCCUUGUGGUAAUCACUAACUCUACUAGUUAGGGUUGUCCCACCACAACACCACCAAGCAGAAGCACAGGGUGAGCUAAAUGCAAUCCUCUGAUAUAUCUGCAUGCCAGUGUGGAUAUUUUUCACACCUUAAAUCCCACAGUGCACUACAGUGAAAUGGGCACUCACUGGAGGACAGUCAGUACUCCAUUGACAUCACCUGCCCAAUGAGUUGCAAGGUGCUGAAAGAGAGGUGUGACAAAGGGACUGAAGCACUCCUACUACGAAGGAAUGAUGGCCAUGUGUUCUGCCACUUUGGGAUCCUGGUCAGUACUGCCGAAUAAAAAGGCCGGUUUCAAUCCCAUACUUUAAAACUGCAGAUGAUCACCUUGCCAACUGAGACACUCAGGAGCCCCAAUAUAUACCACAUUUAUACUGUGUUUUGGUCUUGUUUACAAGUUGGACAUUUGGGUCAUUUGCAAACUAGAAUUUCAUAAA